AUGUCCACCUCCUCGGAACCCAAACCCGGCCUCACCCCGGAACAACUCUCCUUCUUCCACACCAACGGCUACCUCAUCAUCCCCUCGGCCCUCCCCCCCACCACCGUCACCAACCUCCUCAACGAAACCCACUCCCUCCUCUCCUCCCUCGACAUCACCACUCACCCCCUGACAAAAUUCUCCACCGGCGGGCAAGACGGCACCGACCACGUAGGCGACGACUACUUCCUCUCCUCGGGCGACAAAAUCCGCUUCUUCUUCGAGCAAGACGCCUUUGGCCCCGACGGCCAACUCACAAAACCCAAACAUUUAGCCGUCAACAAGAUCGGUCACUUUCUCCACGGCCUCUCCCCCCCGUUUGCAGAACUGUUGAAGGGGGUGCCAGGGCAGAGGGCGUUGCCAAAAGAUGUAGCAAAGGAUCUCGGGUUCGAGGACCCAAGGUGUCUGCAGAGCAUGGUUAUCUGCAAGCAGCCCGAGAUAGGGGGAGCGGUGCCGCCUCAUCAGGAUAGCACGUUUCUGUACACCGACCCUCCGUCUGCGGUUGGGUUUUGGUAUGCGCUUGAGGAUGCGACGAGGGAGAAUGGGUGUUUGAGUUUUUUGCCUGGGAGCCAUCUUUGGAGUCGGAUCAGGCAGAGGUUGGUCAGAGGGGGGAGGACGGGGGCGGAGAUGGUGGAGAAUGAGGGAAGACAGUUUCCGAGGGAUACGAGGGAGAUGAAGUAUGGGGAGGAUAAAAAGGUAGAGGAAGAAGAGUACGUCAUGGGGGAGGUGAAGGCGGGUGAUUUGGUGCUGAUUCAUGGGAAUUUGCUUCACAAGAGUGAGAGGAAUUUGAGCAAAAAGGGGAGGAUUAUUUAUACUUUUCAUGUUAUUGAGCAGGGGGAGGGGUACAAGUAUGAUGAGAGGAAUUGGCUGCAGCCGCCGGAGGGGGGAUUCACGAGGUUGUAUCAGUGA